CAUGUUGGUCUUUGGCAUUUGUUUAAGAGUUUGCCGACAUGGUCCUUGUCCAAUGUAGCCAUGCAUCAAAUGCACUUUUCGCCAACCUUUCCGCCAGGAAAGAUCCAAGACACAACUAAUGCUGCGAUGAACAACAGCCUCUUCCAGCAAGGCCGUCCAGUGGCACCAGUACGAGCGGCAGCUCCGGUCAGCGGUCGCCAGGCAAGCGGGGCCAGCACUCCUGGAACCGCAACAUCUGGGCGGGCCGGAUCGACAGGCCGUGUAGUGGUUCAAACACGACCUACACAGGAAUAUGGCAGAUCCAUCGUUCGUCGGGCACCGUUUGCCUCAACUGUCUCUUCGUCCAGUUUGAACGGUCCAAGUGGCGGGCAAUCUUCAGGCCUUACUACUCCUCACUCCAAAGAUGUGCUGGAGGAGCCGGUAAGACGGGCAAGAUCUGCUGGGCGCUCCAGCGGAGGCACAGAUGCCAAGGUGUCCGCCUCGUCAGCCUCAAUACGGCGUGACUCACCACUUCGAAAUGUAUCACCUAAAGGUACAAAGCCGGGGCGAGCAUCUCCAGUCCGAAAGCCAGGAGCUCGAGAGGUUAGCCGUUCCCCUGAACCACCACGUGUGAGGCCUCCUGUCGCCGACCAGGCGUCUCCAGAAGGCCUUGGAAAUGACCCAAGCGAAGAUCGGGCACAGCCAACAUCUUUUGUCGAGUCAUUAGCACGGCUUGCGCUGGUGCUGGAACGGAAUGGCCAAGCUGGAACUGGGGCCGCUGCAGCAGCAACUGCUGUGGCAGCUGUUGUUGCCAAGCAGGGAGAGGAUGGUAUUGGUGAUAUCCAUCAAUAUCUCCAAUCCAAGGCCAUUCAACAGCAUCCCCAUCAUUUGUCAAUCGGUAAAGACAAGCCGCUUGGAGAGUUGCAUGCACAGGUGGACAACCAGGUGUACGGUGAUCCCGAAGAAGGGCUACGAGCUCGGUGCGCACGACUGGAGCACGAGGUCGCCGAAUUGCGUGUCCAAGUAACCAGAAGAUUGGACCAGGCCGCUUUGGAUGUGGCUGCAAGCCGACAAGCGGCAGAAACUGCAACUGCACAGGUCACUGCUUUGAGGGCUGAGCUUGCCAGCAUCCUGGGGCAGAAUGCAGGUCAAGCAGAACGGUUUGGCAGAUGACCACCAGGAACCUUUUGUCCUGUUCUGCGCACUAUUUUUACAUGCUGUCAAACUCAUGACUCAUGUCAUGAGACCGAAAGUUCAAUGGCACACAAUUUUACCUGUUUCUGUUAGGCACGUCAUUGGCCGCAUCAUUGCUGCGCCGCAUAUUUAGUGAGUUUGGAGCUGCUCGACUUGCUCAAAAAGGAUAUAUAAUGAAAUAUAUAUAUAUAUAUACAUAGAUGAUAUGGUCAACUGACUCGUCCAAUUCAACUUGCGGUUUGCAUGUUGCUUGCAACAGCCUUUUUCCCGCAGCAUACGCAGCCGUGCCUCGAG